GUGGGCUGGAGAUACAAUGGCUAGAAGUCUAUUUCCCGUUGCGCACAUUGUUCCCAGUCUAGAUUGUGCCCACAGGUCUCAAUUAUACGUGGCUCUUGUUUAACCCUAAAGCCAUCUCUGAAGUAAGCAACUCGCAAAUAGCGCCACCUUCUCAACCACCUGUGUUAACUGAAGGCCUUUUGUUCGGCUGGAAUCCUCAGAUAUUCUGACACUCUGUGACUGUCUUGUUAUGUAGCCAUUUCCUGGACAACUCGUCUAACAUUUCCUGCCCGAAGUUCCUCUGAAUGAACUCUAGAGACGCUAGAUGAGGAAUAGAUGGCGUUCGCUGCUGCUUACAGUACGUCAGGUCGCCGCUUUGGUGGUGGCAGAUUCAGCAAUGCUGUCUUCGAGGUCAUGGCCGAAAUGCGCAUGAACAACUUGCCGAUGAAAUACGACUCUGGUCAGAAUCACCACGAGUACCUUCAUCAGACCGAAAACAGUCUUAUCAAGAUAAACGUGAGCGGAAAAGAGUUCACUACGACGAAAGAAACUCUCAGGUUUUUUCCAGAUACUCUGCUCGGAUCGAGCGAUAUAGAAGACUACUACAACGAGGAAGUUAAAGCUUAUUACUUUGAUCGUCACCGGGGCAUGUUCACUGCCAUCCUAUUCUUCUAUCAGUCACGUGGGGUGUUCCGGUCUCCGACAAAUAUCGACCGGGACAUUGUCGAGGAGGAGCUAGAGUUUUUCAAGGUCGAUUUGGCAAAGAUAUUCACUUUUGAUGACGAAGAGGAAGAAGUGAUCACAGAAGAAUUGUCCUUAAGAGAAAAGCUACACAACUUUUUGAUGGAUCCCCACUACAGCAAAGCGGCAAUGUUGUGGGCAUUCUGUGACAUGAUGGCUAUUGUACUGUCUGUAAUACUCCUAGUAGCAGAAUCUGUCCCUGAUUGUUCGCCCUACUUUGACGACACAGAUGAAUACCCUCAAAAAUACUACUACUACGUUCUAUACGGUCUUGAAAUCUUGAUCAAUGGCUUCUUCACUCUGGACUUUACUUUAAAAAUAAUAUCGUGGCCCAAACCGUGGCUUUUCUUUAAGAACGUUCUCAACGUGUUAGACUUGCUGGCAAUUUUGCCAUUUUACAUUGAACUCAUUGCCAUGUUCACCUCGGAAUCAGGAGCUGCUGGUGACAAAUUCGUUGUUCUGCGAAUCUGUAGAACAAGCAGAGUGGUCCGUAUAUUCCGUUUUAUCAGGCAUUCCAAAGAGCUGAUUGUGGUGAUGAAAGUGAUCGCCGGAGCUGCCCGAGAAUUCGUCCUGCUAUCUCUUCUAAUCGCAAUAUUUGUUCUUCUUUUCGGCACGCUCAUGUACUACGCAGAGUUAGGCCGGGACUCUGGAUUUGAUAGCAUUUUGUUGGGUUGCUGGUGGAGUAUAGUGACCGUUACAACAGUUGGCUAUGGAGACCUUUAUCCCCAGUCUCCCGUUGGUAGACUGAUCGGCUCCGUAGCCGUGGUGCUCGGGAUUGUUAUCUUAGCUCUUCCUAUGACUGUUAUCGUUUCUAAAUUCAACGAGUCUUAUGGGGCAGAAAAGAGGAAAGCAGAGAAGAAGACUCUUGCCAAAAUUCGUGCAAGAGCAGGACUAGCUAUUGAAAAGGAGGCUGCAGAGGAUGGCAAGGUAUGAGAUUUAUCCCGGAUAACUUCACUGUCCUGAACCAAAUUUAAGUGCAUGCUCCACGCGAUUGUAGUGGAGAAGAAAUAAAGAUACGCAAGUUGGUUUGUAUUUAUAAGGGGUGUGUCGAAUUUGUUAUUGAGAUAUUUCAGUGGCUAGUUUUCAGCAUAAGAUGAAAGAAAUAAGAAGUCCACGUUUCAGCCCUUGAAAUUGCGUUGUUGCCUCUUUUAGAUAUUUUUAAUUCUACUAGAUUAGUGUUACCGUUAAUUCAAAGUAAUGGCGAGACUAAAUUAAAAUGGUCCAAUGACACGAAUUUUAUUGAAUACAAUAAUGAGAAUUGUGUUUACUUACAGUUGAUAAAGAUAUCAUCAAGUAAGAUUUAGUAAAUCGACAUUUUUUCAGUUUUAUUUCCAUUUAAUGAAUAUGAAUAUAAAAACCGAAAAGGAUGAACGACAGAAAUUGUUUUAGCCAGAGUUUUGUCCUUACGAAAGUGUUUUGUAUUUAUAUCAAUGAUUAAUUUUGUUGUU